UAAGUUCUGUAGUUUCUGCCUCCAGUAUAUAAUACUCAUUCCCUUCAUUUGCCUUCUCUUUCAACCCAGAAAAACCCUAAGUAAGAGCAAACCACAUCCACAAUGAAGCAAGUUCUUUCCUCUGAUCAAAUGGAAAUCCCUGAUGGGAUUGAACUUAAAGUUGAUGCCAAAAUUAUCACAGUUGUUGGACCGCGUGGAACCCUAACUCGUAACUUUAAGCAUCUUAAUCUCGAUUUUCAAUUGACCACUGAUGAAGAAGGUAAGAAAAUACUGAAGAUUGAUUCGUGGUUUGGAUCAAGAAAGACUUCUGCCGCCAUUCGUACAGCAAUUUCUCACAUUGAGAAUCUGAUCACUGGUGUUACUAAAGGAUUCCGCUACAAGAUGAGAAUGGUGUAUGCUCACUUUCCCAUCAACGCUAGCAUUACUAAUAAUAACAAGGGUAUCGAGAUCCGUAAUUUUCUUGGUGAAAAGAGGGUGAGGAAAGUUGACAUGUUGGAGGGUGUGAGCAUCGUACGAUCUGAGAAGGUGAAGGAUGAACUCGUCUUGGAUGGAAACGACAUCGAACUUGUCUCCCGUUCAGCAGCCCUUAUUAACCAGAAAUGCCAUGUCAAAAACAAGGAUAUCAGAAAGUUCCUCGACGGUAUUUAUGUCAGCGAGAAGGGAAGGAUUGUUGAAGAAGAGUAAGCGAUGAAGCUGUGUAGUUUUGUUCUGGUUGGACUUUGUGUUGGCAUUACCCAGAAUUCAAGUUUUUGAUUUUGAGAUCAAACUUGCAUUUCAUAGAUUGUUACAAUUUUGUUGCAUAUUAAAGAAUUUGUUGUCUUA